AAGUCAGCUGCUUCCACAAAGCAGUGUGUUUCUGUCAGCAAAAGCUCCAUUCAAGUAUUCAAACAUAGCUCUUUGCAGAAAGACAGUUUGGACAAUCUGGAAAGUUAUCUAGUCCGUGCUGGAAACAAUGAUUGGAAUCAUUUUCAAAACGGGAUUGGAUUGACCUUUCCAUCAGAUACUUCUGAAAAUCAGAGAUUGAAUAAUGAAGAACAAAGUGCUAAGCGGAAUCCAUACGAGAGCGGCUCCACUGAGGAGUCGACCCUCUGGAAUGACCAGAGCCCUUCCAAUGGAGACAGCAUUGCUCAGUACCCUGAAUCUGAGAAAACACUUAACCAGGGCUGCAGUGUUCAGAGACGUGUGAGGACUCAGUUUUCAGAGAACCAGUAUGAAUGUUAUAAAUGUGGGGAAGUCUUUCAUCAGAGGUCUAACCUUAUUACACAUGAGAGUAUCCAUUUGGGAGAAAAUCCUGAUGAAUCCAGUCAGUGUGAGAAUGGUCCUCAGCAGUCCUCCAAUAUUGAUGAUGAUCAGAGAAUUCAUGAGGCCAAAAACCCAUUCAGAUAUGCUAAACGUGUUCCCACAUUUAGUCAGUCAUCAAGACUAAGUAGAAACAAGAUGAUCCCUAGUGGAGAGAAAACACCCAUUCUUAAGGGACGUGGUAAAGUCUUUGACUGGCACUCAACCCGAUCUCAGCAUCAGCAAAUGAAUACUGAAGUGAAAUCAUACAAAUGUGAAGAAUGUGGUAAAACCUUUAAGUACUGCUCAUCCCUAAGGAAACAUAGGCAAAUCCAGACUGGAAAGAAACUCUACAAAUGUAAAGAAUGUGGCAAAGUUUUUAAAAUUCACUCAACACUUAUUCAACAUCACAGAAUUCAUACUGGAGAGAAACCUUACAAAUGUAAGAAAUGUGGUAGGUCCUUUAACCAGCUGGAACACCUUACUCGACAUCACAGAAUUCAUACUGGAGAGAAGCCUUACAAAUGUCAAGAAUGUGGCAAGGCCUUUAAGGAGCGCUCACGCCUUGAUCAACAUCACAGAAUUCAUACUGGAGAGAAACCUUACAAAUGUAAGGAAUGUGGUAGGUCCUUUAACCAGCAGGCACACCUUACUCGACAUCACAGAAUUCAUACUGGAGAGAAACCUUACAAAUGUCAAGAAUGUGGCAAGGCCUUUAAAGAGCACUCAUACCUUGAUCUACAUCACAGAAUUCAUACUGCAGAGAAGCCUUACAAAUGUCAAGAAUGUGACAAGGCCUUUUACCAGAGUUCAUUGCUUAGUGCACAUCACCGAAUUCAUACUGGAGAGAAACCUUACAAAUGUAAGGAAUGUGGCAAGGCCUUUAACAAGCGCUCACGACUUACUCGACAGCACAGAGUUCAUACUGGAGAGAGACCUUACAAAUGUCAAGAAUGUGACAAGGCCUUUAAGGGUCACUCAACCCUUAGUAAUCAUCUCAGAUUUCAUACUGGAGAGAAACCUUACAAAUGUCAAGAAUGUGGCAGGGCCUUUCACCGGAGCUCAUUGCUUACUGUGCAUCACAGAAUUCAUACUGGAGAGAAACCUUACAAAUGUAAGGAAUGUGGUAAGGCCUUUAGCUGAACUUCAGCCCUUACUCAACAUCACCGAAUUCAUACUGGAGAGAAGCCUUACCAAUGUCAAGAAUGUGGAAAAGCCUUUAGCCGGCCUUCACAACUUACUCAACGUCACCGAAUUCAUACUGGAGAGAGACCUUACCAAUGUCAAGAGUGUGGCAAGGCCUUUAGCUGGCCUUUUGACCUUACUUGGCAUCACAGAAUUCAUACUGGAGAGAAACCUUAUAAAUGUAAGGAAUGUGGCAAGGCCUUUUCAUUGCACUCAAACCUUCUUAAGCAUCACAGAAUUCAUACUGGAGAGAAACCUUACAAAUGCGAAGAAUGUGGCAAGGCCUUUUACCAGCGCUCACACCUUACUAACCAUCAUAGAAGUCAUAUUGGCAAGAAAGUUUAA